AUGGAAUCAGUAUUUUUCAAUCUUCCUCCCGAGCUCCAGCAGCUCACACUCCAGUUUCUACCCCUGUGGGAUCUCGAUCGUCUUUUUGACCUCCAGGCAUUAUCGCAGCCAAAUGUCCCAGAUCCUUAUCUUAUCGUGAGACAUCAGGCGUUGGCUGCCAAAUAUAUGUGGAAAAGCAUCGUGGUCAGCAACGAUCCAGACCUUGCCACCAUUAGCUUGGACCAACUUGAUUACUUGAUGUUGCAUCGGAUUUAUAUCUCCCCUAAAGAUGUCACGCUUGCUGUAUUUGACUUCACAAAUUACGCAUCUUCGGUGGCCUUCAUGCACAAGCUUUUCACCACAUACUUGCCGGUAUUACAGAACUAUACACGGAAUUUUCGUAUUCGAUUGAUUCUAGUGGAAAACGUGCCUUUGGACAAUUCUUUUCUCCGUCUGUUGUUUGAGCCUCUCUGCUCUCCCCAGCUCAAUCUCAGCUGGUUCACUAUCAAGUACCUGCCUGGCUUCAGCAAGUUACAAAGGAACCACGAUAGCGAAACGAGCUUAAUGAAUCUUCUCACAAGUACCAACGAGAUCGCCAUCGAGAAUUUGGAGCUCCAUUUGUUUGACGCGUCCAAUUUAGUCCAGCAUUUGGUUGAUAGUAAUGGGUGCUUUCACUGUGAGAACUUACGCACAUUGGACCUCUCAUUCAACAAUUUGACGGAGUGGAAUCUUCGCAACCUCAAGUUUCCUUCUACCUUGGAACACUUGAAUCUCUCCAACAACCAGUUGCGUGGCUUGACCAACAGCUCAUUCCACCACCAGUCGUUAACCAACCUCAAGACGUUGGAUCUCUCCAACAACAAUCUCAUGCGGAUCGAGCUUCACAACUACCGAAAUGGACCCAACGGGCCCUACGUGUUGGAGUCCGUCAACUUGUCAGGGAAUAUUUUGUCCGAUUACAGUGGCAUGUUCCACAGUGACUUGUUCCUGAACCUCAAGGCUAUAGACUUGUCUCUCAAUUUGAUCCAGAAAGUGAGCAAAUUCCCUUCGUCGUUAGUCAGCAUCGAUUUAUCGGGAAACUAUUUGUCGUUGAGUUUUGAUUCUGUGAAUACGAUUUUUCCAGCCGGUCUUCGCAAGCUUUCUUUGGGUACCAAUGGGUCAUUGGCAACAUGUGGAGCGGAUUCGGCGAAGAUGAUGAUUCAGGCUGCUGGUUUGCAGAAUCUUCAGGAAUUGGAAUUAUGUGGUAGCAUGUACGAUACUAGGUAUGCACUUUAUUAG